AAACGACGACAAAAUCCAACUACAAAAUGUUCUCCCGCCAGUGCCUUUCCACCUCCUCCAACCCGCGCUCUAGCUACCCCCUCAUCAUCAUCAUCAUCAUCAUCAUCAUCAUCAUCAUCGUCAUCAUCGUCAACUUCAACCCAGAGUCGAGGACGGCAUUUAACCUGCCCGACAAGUAACUGGAACGGCAACUGGAACCUUAGCCUUUUGGCAUUGAUUAUUGCCAUCGGCUGUUUAAUGCUCAAUACGCCAGCAAUUGCUGCUUUCGAUAUUGCUACUUGCAAUGUGCCUUUGGGCAUGGAAUCAGGCGCAAUUACAGAUGCUCAAAUCACAGCUAGCUCAGCCCAUGACACGGGCUUUGUUGGGCCACAACAUGCAAGACUGAAAACCGAUAAUAAUGGCGGUGCCUGGUGCCCCAAGCAUAUGGUAUCGAAUGCGCUCAAGGAAUAUCUGCAGGUGGAUUUACUGCAGACGCAUGUGAUAACCGCCAUACGGACACAGGGUCGAUUCGGCAAAGGUCAGGGUCAGGAGUACACCGAGGCCUAUGUGCUUGAAUACUGGCGACCGGGCUUUGACAAAUGGCAACGCUGGAAGAACACUCAAGGCAAGGAGAUUCUGCCCGGCAACAUCAACACUUACAGCGAGGUGGAGAACGCAUUGCAACCGAUUAUAUUUGCCUCAAAGAUCCGCAUAUAUCCGUAUGGUCAAUACGAUCGCACCAUUUGCCUUCGUGCCGAGAUCGUCGGUUGCCCCUGGGAAGAGGGCAUCGUUUCAUAUAGCAUACCGAAAGGGGUGCAACGGGGCAUGGAAGUGGAUUUAUCGGACAAGACCUACGAUGGUAAUGAGCAGGGUGACCGCUAUGUGGAUGGAUUGGGUCAAUUGGUGGAUGGCCAAAAGGGCAAGGACAACUUCCGUACCGAUAUCCAUGGCUUUGGCAAAGGUUACGAAUGGAUUGGUUGGAGAAACGAUACGCCCGGUCUGUUGGGCAAACCCGUUGAAAUUGUUUUUGAAUUUGAUACGGUUCGCAAUUUCAGUGCCAUCGUUUUGCAUACAAACAACAUGUACACCAAGGAUGUGCAGGUUUUCGUUCAUGCAAAGGUUUUCUUUAGCAUUGGUGGACGCUACUUUUCCGGAGAGCCCGUACAAUUCUCUUAUAUGCCCGAUACUAUAAUGGAUCAUGCUCGAGAUGUGACUAUUAAACUGCAUCAUCGAGUGGGCAAAUAUCUGAAAAUCAAUUUGUAUUUUGCUGUCAAAUGGAUUAUGUUAUCGGAGAUCAGUUUUAUAUCUGUGCCAGCGUUGGGAAAUUUCACAGACGAGCAAGAGCAGCGAAAUAAUUUGCCGGGCAUGACGCAGGAUACACGGGAAUAUCCUUUACAGAGCAACGACUAUCAGCACAAUCAUAACAAAAACAUAAUGAAUGGCGGCGCCUCUGGAGGUGCUGGUGGUGCCAGCAACGGUGGCGCCACCGAUGCCACCAGCAGCAACAGCAACAACAACUACAACAAUGGACCAGAGCUAAUUGCGCCACGCCCGAUUGAUCAGGAGCCGAACGAGGCGAACUUCAUUGGUGUUGUUAUUGUUGUUCUAACAACGAUAAUUAUACUUCUCGUGGCCAUCAUCCUGUUCAUCGUGUCACGCACGAAGCGAGCACGCGGCAGCAACGUCCUCGACGCAUUCCAAUACAGCUUCAACCCCAACACUCUGGGCGGCAAUGUCGACAAGCAUCGUCCCAAUGGCAAUAGCAUUAAGGCCAGCGUCGACGACAACGAUUCCAUUGGCAAGAACAGUCUUUACCACGAGCCCUUCAAUGUGAAUAUGUACACGAGCGGAGUGAACGGUUACGCAGCGGUUAAUGAUUUACAAUGUAAUAUGACGCCAGACUAUACAGAUGUGCCAGAAGGUGGCUAUGCGGUUCCCCAUAUGCAGGACUAUAUGCCGGCAUCGAAAAUGGGCAACGCCGGUGGCGGCUAUGUGAAUGUGCGACGCACGCCGCCGCCACCGCUGAGCAGCAUAUUCCCCAGACCGCCGACGGUGCCGCCACCGCCCAUGGAGAAAUAUUAUGCGACCACGGCCAUAUUCAAGCCCAUCAAGGGAGGCUCAGCCAGCGGCAGCGGCAGCAACACCAACACGGUGAGCAGCGGCGGCGGCAAGAGCAGCCACAGCAAUCAGGAUCAGCUGAAUGGCAUCUACGACGAUGGCAUGGGCACCAUGAACUCACAAUCAACCGCUCCGAUGAUCAAUCCCUACAGCAGUGGCAAUAGCGCUGCUGCCGCUGCCGCAGCUGCUGAGUUUCAGCGUGCCAGAACUUACAAUUUCCGCAGCUAUCCAGAUAAUCUCUAGUUCGAAGCUUCACUCAAGUUGGCCGCAGCAGAUCCGACUGGCCCGGGCAAUGAUCUUAAGCGCAGCAACGCCUCCACCACAAUGCCCAAGAAGCCGCAGCAUCUGAGCAUUGGCGGUGCCAGUGGCACCACCAGCACCACCGGCAACAAGCCCAAAUACAGCCUGACUCUGCACCACAACAAGUAUGCCACAAAUGGUGGCAAGCAUCCCACAUCGAUGCGCGACAAUCAUCAGCAGAGGCAGCACCUAAAGGCGUUGCGUUUAACUCGCGACGUGGCCAGUACAGACGGCACUGACUAUAAGCGACCGAUGCUAUCGGGUCUAUCGCCUGCUGAGGACGUGGGUGUCCAUCUCAGCAGGAAUGUGGCUCUGAAGGGUGCUGCUGUCAACGGUGAAGCUUCAAACGAUCUAACAACUGCAACAAAUGCAACUAAAUUGACUGGUAUUAUGAAUGGAAAUGUUAACGGAAACGGAAACGGAAAUGCGGCUGCAACUGCAACUCCAAUGGCGAAUGGUGUUAUGCGAACACAAAACAACAGGCUGUGGUAUCAUUGAUGAAAACCCCAUAUUAAAUGGAUUUGAGCUCCGAAGCUCUACACGGAUAUGCAAAAUCAAGAAAGAAGAAUAGUAAAAAAAAAUUGAAUACAAGCGAUAAGAAAAUAUUAAGUACUCUUAAUCAUACAUUAAAUUUGUAUUAAAACCCGCCCCUUCUUAAAGAGGAGAGCACAAUGCGUCGAACAAUUGAACCCACUGAGCAAAAGAAAGAGUUAAAGUAAAAGUAAACGUAUAAAAUUAUUAAAGUCGAAUAUCUAAGCAAAAUGUAGCGUCGAAUAUAUGCCAACGAAAUGAUACAACUUAUAAAAUACAAAAUGUAAAUAUAUACCUAGUAUAUCACAAUGAAGAAGGUAGUGAAAAAUGCAUAUGAUAGAAAAAGCGAGCUGAAUUUUUAAAAGAAACCGAAUGAAAUGGGCACUAGUUUCUCAUAGAUCAAAUGCAAUCGAGCAGAACGUAAUAAAAUAUAUUGAAAAAAUAAAAA